GAGCACAGCAAACAGACUGAUAGCACAGCAAAUCUCAGCUUCUCUCGCUCCAACUUGACACAGAACAGUUUGAAGGAUAGAGAACAGUUAAAAGAAGAAUAUGAGACAGUUUUAAGAAAGUCUGGAAGCCCCGGUUUGUGAUCAGACGCGACAGAUUAUCAGCAGAGAGAGGAAAGAAAGCAUUGAUGUUCCAAUCCAAAGGUCUUUUAGACAUAAAUACCAACGCAGCCUAAAGGAUCUUGAGUCGCCUGAACUGAAAGCCUGGUGAUUUUGAAGAAUAAUAGGAAUGACCUGAGUGAGAAGGCCUUGGUGGACAUUAGGUGGUGCUGUUUAGGCUGUCUCAGUGUCUCAACAAAGCAAAGAGCUAGGCCACAUCCAUCCAGCCUGGGUUAGGAUCACGAUACCAUGAAGAUCUCUGAAGGUGCACUGGAUCUGGGCACAACUGACUAUGCUGUGAGCUUGGACCCAAGCUACACCAUGCUGGAGUUCGAUAGUCUGAGAGUGCUGCCAGUGGUCACAGAGCCUGUAGUCCCUAGCCUACCGGCCGGACUGCAGCAGGCCAGCGGCGCUCUCUGCUCCAUCUGCGCCGAUAAGGCCACCGGGAAACACUACGGCGCAAACAGCUGCGAUGGGUGCAAAGGCUUCUUCAGGCGGAGCGUCCGCAAGAACCACGCUUAUACAUGCAGGUUCAGCAGGCAGUGUGUGGUGGACAAAGACAAAAGGAAUCAGUGUCGAUACUGCAGGCUGAGAAAGUGCUUCAGAGCUGGAAUGAGGAAAGAAGCUGUGCAAAAUGAACGAGACCGAAUUAGCUGCCGUAGAGAAAGCCAAGGAGUUGGAACUCUGACCAUCAGCAUCCUUCUGAAAGCAGAGGCCAGCACACAUCAGUACACCUCCUUGACUCCCCCGAUGUGUGACAUUAGCACCAAGAAGAUAGCUCGCCCAGGCGACGUGUGCGAAUCCAUGAAGCAGCAGCUCCUCCUCCUGGUGGAAUGGGCAAAACGCAUCCCCGAGUUCUGUGAUCUGCCAGUGGACGACAGGGUAAGCCUGUUACGAGCUCACUCUGCCGAGCAUCUCAUCCUAGGAGGGGCUCGUCGCUCGCUGCCCUACAGUGACAUCAUUUUGCUGGGAAAUGAUUUCAUUAUCCCUGUGAGUGGCCCAGAGCGAGAGAUGUCCAAGCUGGCGGCACGUGUACUGGACGAGCUGGUCAGGCCUCUGAAAGAGCUGGACAUCACCGACGCAGAAUUCGCCUGUCUCAAGGCCAUCAUCUUCUUUUCACCAGACUGCCCUGGGCUGGAGAGCUCUCAGAUGGUGCGCAGGCUACGCUUCCAGGCCCAGGUCCUGCUGGAUGAGGCGACCUGUGAGCAACGGGGCCGCUUCGGGGAGCUGCUGCUGCUGCUGCCUCCUUUACAGAGCAUGGCCUGGCAGAUGGUGGAACAGCUCCAGCUGGCCCGACUGUUAGGAGAGGCCAAUGUGGACAGCCUGCUGCAGGAGAUGAUACUGGGAGAGGGCGCAGCAAGGAGAAGCGAGUCAGAGUCAGCUACAGCCUCUGCAGGGUCAAAUUCGGAAGUGCUAAUUUUUAGCCCACCUGCAGACCCAGCCCUGCCCAGGAACCUCCAACCGGACCACAUCUCAUUACCUAACUUCACAUCAGUUAUCCUCCCUGUACCAUCCUCUCUGCCUGGUGUUCCCCUACUCUCCACACAGACAGGCACCCAGCUCUACACACAUGGGCAGGCUGCAGACAUGUCAACAGAGAUGACCAGUGGCCUCUCCAUGCCAGCUGUCCACACGUGCCUCUGAGCAGAUGAGAAGACAAAAACGUUUACUCUUGUACUCACAGAAGCACACAGCCUUUACGGUUCUCAUUUAUCUACAGGUGAAUGAUACGAUGCGUAGCUGCAUAUCUAGGUUCUCUAUAUUCCAUCAAAGAGAUGCACUCAUAAUUAACAGUGGUUGAAUAAAGAGUAAAAGACAUGGAUGGAAUCCCUGCCAACUAAAGCAGUGUAAUUAAUAUAGUGUGUAAACAUUUAACUAUUCAAAACUUCCCAGGCCAUACAUAAAAAACUAAGCUUCAUAACAACCCAUUUUAAAAGUAUAGUUUUUCUGAUGUCACAAAAACUCAUUUACAUAUAUCCAGCUAUUGAGCCUACAGCAGUUUCGCUCCGCCCUUUCAUGCUGAAGUUAUAAAGAGUGUUUCAGCGCCAGACUGCUUUUUUGUUGAGGCGUAACACAUGGGCACCAAUCAGAACAGAGGCCAUUUACAUGCAUCAGUCUUAGGCUGCGCUUGCACUUCCAGGCUGGCAAAAACCCAGUUUUUCUGCCUUAAUGUGACACACAUCUAAUGAUUUCUGAGCUGUGUGGACACACGAAUCAGGUGAUUUCCAACCAGAUCUGAGCCAGUUUUAUAUGCAGUCCUUUAUCAGAAACAUGACCUUAAUGAGAGCGGUCAGUUUGUGUUAUUAUAAAAUGUGUUAUUUUUUGAAUGUGCGUGCACCAUCAUUCACUGUUGAUGUGGCAGCAGCACCAAAUGUGAAGUUAGUGCCAGUAAACGCUGCAAAUGUAAUGCGUCUGACCCUAGUUAGUUUUAUUGUUGUUCAUGACGCACGUGGUUCAUUCCUGUGACAUUAUUGAUCAGGACGAGUGCAUUUGGGUCGUUUCAGGACAAAUUUGAGAUUUACAUUUACACAAAUGUGAACCGUCAAGAUUGGAUCUCAGCAAAAAAAUCAGAAUUGAGCAAUGACAUUUUUACAUAGCCUCAGUAAUAAAACCAGCCUGACUAAUGGAAAAUGGUCAUGUAAAAAUGAGUCAUGACUGGACUUGGUACAUAAAAACGGUAAAAUAUAAAAUACAAGAAAGAUGUAGGAUAGGGAGCCCUUUGUUGGCCAGAAGACCGUUUUUAAAUGUGACAGAUCUUGAAUGCAUCACUUGUUGCAUGCCAGAAAGGGUGUGAGAGGAGCAAAAGGAAUCAUUGAUUACAAUAAAAUAUGAUUGUUUGUGAAAUAUUAACAGAUGAUAACAAAGACUCACUUAUUCUCUGAGGAGAUAAGUUCUGUGGAAUCAUAGGUAAAUUAUUGUACUGUUUAUUGCACUGUUGAUGUGGCAGGAACAAGGAUAUGAGUGGAACAGUGCGUGUUGAGAACAUGGUCUGUUUUUUUUCUCUGACAUAGCAUGUUCUUAUUAGAGAUAGAAAUGCUUUCUUAUAGAAAAUGAUAUCAAAAUAUUGACUGUAUCCUUAUGUCUUUAAUCACAGUCCACUGACUUUGAGUGAAAAGCAAACAAUAGCUUAUCACAUGUUCUGUCAUACUGCAUUUUGAAGAGAGGAAAUACUGUUUUUGAGCCAUAACAUUAGUGCACAUAUUACAAAACAAUGCUGGGAACAUGUACAUGUAACACAAUGAUGUCAGCACCUGUACUGAGUAAAUGAAUUGAAUUAUA